AUGGGUCCUUGCAUAUCUCAACAUCCAGUCUCAACUGAAAUUGAUAAACGAGGAAGUGUAUGCUUAGAAGAAGGUUAACUUCAGGAAAAGGAUAAGCCGCAAGAAGUUUAAGCAGAAGCAUAACCAUUAUCAUCUUAUGAUGAAUAGAAUGUUAUUAAAAUUUAAUCAGGAUUUAGAGGAAUGAAAGCAAGAAAGGAAGUAAGAUCCAAUACCAAUAUGUAGGCUGGGCAAGAAAAAGAGUAAUUGGAAAAUACAAAACCAAAAAAUGAUAAUAUUAAGCCUUAUAAUGGAACUGUAGAAUCCUGCAAUGAUUUCAUAAAAGACAAAUUACUUUUACAUGGAGAAUAUAAUUACAAUACAAUUUAUGAUGAAUAAUUCUUAAAAUCAUGAU